UUUUAUUUUUUCAAUUUUUAACACUCGUCAUUAUAUUUUUCUACCAUUAUUAUUAUUUACAGUCACUCCUCCCUCCCUUCCCCUAACACUCACUUUCCCCACCUUCCGGUCGUUUUCCUUAUUCAUUUUUUCAUUUUUAUGGAUUUUUUCUAAAGAAGAAGUAAAUGACACAAAAUAAUACUUUCCCAAAUUGCCAAUCAUCGCGCAUUUAUUCGGCUGGAUUUAUUUCCAAUCCUUAUACUUCUUUCCGCUCUUGUUGUCUCAGCUUUAACAUAAAAGAUCAUGUCCAACUUUGCGGCGUUAUCAGCCUUUCAUUGUUUUUUUGUCUUGUUAUUAUUUCACUUUUGAUUUUUGGGGCUCUCUCAAUGUUUUAUAUAAUUUGGGGUGCUAUUGUUUAUAGCCUUUUAAUGAAAAGUAUUUUUAGAGUUAAUGAAAAGAAAUAUGUGGUUGUCUAUUUAAUAUUUGAGAUCCUCCAAAUUGCUUUUUAUUUUGCCUUAAUUUCUUAUAUUUUGUUACCUUUGGUAUUAUUCCAAGUUCCAAAUCAACGCUGCGAGCCUUACUCUAGAUUUUACAAUGGAACACUUGAAACAGGCGAAAUAUGUAGAAGGACAGCGAUUGUUGAAGAUUAUAUAGAACUUCUUUUAUUUUUAUUUCUUUUGUCUAUGGCCAAAUUUUAUUUUGUCCGUGUUUUUUCUCAGUAUUACAAAUAUUUGGUUUGGAAUGAAAAAAUAAAUAUUCAUUCGGCACAUUAUUUUAAUGGAAGUGGUGUGCAUAUUUCUGCAAUGCAACAAAAUGUUUUUCAACCACCGCCUCCAUUUUGGCAAACUCCUCCACCUUCUACCACCACACAAAAUAUAACAAAUGUUGUGUCACUUCCAACUUAUGAGGCAUCUAAAUUGCCAACUUAUUCACAGACUGUAGGUGUUCAAAAACAAAAAACUUCUUCCAAUACUCCUUUAAGUAUUGAACAAUCAAAUGAGUGA